UGUAGUAUUGCGCACAGAACGCUCACGGAUAUUUUCUUGAUAAAAUACAACGUUUAUACAUCUCUGGCUUACAAUCUGUCAACGGGUUAUCACAAUUUGACUAAUCAAGAUGUUUGACAGUCUUAUAGACAACCUGAAUUCCGACAAAUGGCAGGAGAUAGAUGCUUCGACAAAAGUUGAAUCUGAAUGGAAAGAAUAUCAUGUGAACCUUCACCAUAAGCAAUUGAACGAUACAACAAUUGGCUUAAUGAUAGCCGUAGAUGACGGGGAACUUAAAAAUGUAGAACUUAAAGACUGCUUGCCAAAGAAAGAUGCACUUAAACAAAUUGGUACCAUAGAAAUCAAACUGAAUGCGGAGGAAACUGAAAUAGUUGGAUUAGAUUUGAAUGGAGACGUUGUUGUGAGAAAAUGAUUGAGCAAUUGACUUUACAAGUGUACUGGUUUUACAAACGUACAUUAUGACUUUUCUUCAUAAGCCAUUCCCCUGUUGUAACAAUGUUAAUGCUUGAGUAUGUUUUGAUUUUUAAGAUAUGUUCACAUCAAUGUCCCGUUCCCCUAAUAAAUCAUGAAUGUAUCAAACUGUUUGCUCUAUAUGUGUGAUAGACUGUAUCUAUAAUGGAUUGAGACCAUUCAGCCCUUACAACAGUAUCCUGAUAUACAUCGAGAGAUAAAAUACUUUUGUGAAUGACUUGACAGUUUCUUUUUAUUAUAAAUCAAACAAAUAGUUCUCCAAUCAAUAACAGAAAUAUUCAAACUGGUUUAUACUCAGUAUUACCUGAAACUUUAAGAUCAGUUCCGAGUAACCUAUUUAUCAAAUAUUUAUUUCUAGACGUAGUGUUUGUUUUUUAUGUUUUUUUUUCAUUAUCUUCAUGUUUUAGAUUUUGACUUCUUUUCGCAGUGACCUCAUACAUUUCAUUGUCAUUCGGAUUAUUGCUCAAUUUAAAAGUUGUGUAUCAGAUUCACUUUAAAAUAUGAAAGAAAAAAAGAAACAAAUCAAAAUAAGUUGUGUAAUUAUAUUGUUAUGUACAAUUUGGUGGUUGCAUAUUUUACGAGAUCAAUAGUUAUACAAUAUUUUUUUUUUGCAAACAACCUUGGUAUAAGUCACCAUUCUCUUUCAUUUGAUACUUUCCAUAAAUAGGUAUACCAGUUUGGAAUAAUGAAAUCAAACUAAUCACAAAGAAAAAUGCAGGUAUUUUACAAGCAAGAUGUACAGAUGUGCAUCUUUCUACUUACAGAUUCUACUUAAUCCAAUUCCUGUGAUUGAUUAAACUGAAAAUGUAUCUAAUGGUAGCUUUGUAGACGCUGGGAAAUGUACUUGCUUGUUUGAAUCUUGUGUGAGGCGCAAAUAAACUAUAUAAAGUGUUCAGUGUGUCCAAUAUAUUAAACACAUUCAAAUUUG